UGUGCUCAGUUCAUCCACCUUUCAGUGUAUUGAGAGGUGACAUGCUGCACACACACAUCAGGCUGGAGAUGGUGAUGCUGAUGUGGAUUACAAUGAUGAUCCUUAAAAAAGUUGAUUCUGCACAGAUAAAUGACAUUCAACCGAACUCAAUGAUCUCUGCUGAUGUUGGUGGUAACGUGACUCUGCACUGCUUUAAACAGCGAGAGGACAGCAGCGAAUCUGUCGUUUGGUACAAGCAAAAAGUUGGAUAUGAGCCUUGUGUAUUGGUCUCAAUUCAAAGUGAUCCGUUUUUCGAGGAGGAGUUCAGGUCACCAAGAUUCAGCAUCAAGAAAGAAAAUCUGGGCUGCCAUUUACAAAUUGCACACGUGGAACCGUCAGAUGAAGCCAUGUAUUACUGUGGACUGAGAAAGUUUUCAAUAGAAUUUGGAAAAGGAACAUUUUUAUCAGUAAAACGUAAAGCAGAUGUAAGUGUCACAGUGUUCCAGAGCAGUGUAUCAGACUCGGUUCCUGCAGGAGCAUCAGUGACUCUGCAGUGUUCGGUUCUCUCUGAGAGCAGAGCAGCAGAACUCCAAGUGCUCUGGUUCAGAGCUGCUCCAUCACAAUCCCAUCCUCAAAUCAUUUACACUCAUCACAACAGCAGCCUUCAGUGUGAAUCUUCUACACACACCUGUGUGUACAACUUGUCCAUGAACAUCUUCAGCCUCGAUGAUACUGGUACUUACUACUGCGCUGUGGCCCUGUGUGGGAAGAUCAUUUUCGGGAACGGGACAGUAGUACAAUUUGAGAGAUCUGUGGCUCCUGCGGUGAUCUUCCUCGGUGUAGCUUUGGGAGUGUGUGUGCUCGUAAUCUUUGCUUUGCUCUUUGUCAUAAUCUGUAAAUGGAGAAACGGUAAACAGCAUGGGGUGAAACUUAAACAAGGUUCUGUGACUGACCAGACCCUCAGUCAGGAGGGCGAGAGUGUGGAGCUGAAUUACGCUGCCUUACAUUUUAAUGCGAGGAAAGCCAAAAGAGGACGAGUAAAUAAACAACAACGUCAAGACGUUAUAUAUUCUGAUGUGCGACGUCUUUCAGUGAAAUGAUGAAAAAUGACCUUUUAUGCCUUUUAUUUUCUAUAAAAAGAA